UUCGCGAAAUGAUCAGUUUUAUUACCUGUCCGGGAAUAAAUUUUCGUGCAGGUGUGUCGAGCGUGCAAAUUUCCACAAAGUAUACGACAGGGGCAGCGGCGGCGGCGCUGAAUGGAGCGCAGGGCAGGCGGAGGACCCGACUGGCUCCUCCUCGCGCGCUGGACCAUUUUUAGAGGCGGAGUCUUGCGGCCGCACAGCACCAUCGUCUGCAGCACUAGUCGUACUCGCACUGUGGAGCCGCGAGCCUCAGCAGGCCGCGUGUCCGAGGAUUCGAUUCCACGUGGAGCAAGGACAUGAAGACAGAGAACUGCGUGUGCACGUCUUGCGGCGAGUGCAUCACUGACAAGUACCUGCUGCAGGUCAACGGAAGACCCUGGCAUGCCCAGUGCCUGCGGUGUUGCGUCUGCCAAUUGGCCCUGGAUAGACAGCCAAGCUGCUUCAUCAAAGAGGACUCGAUUUAUUGCAAGGCUGACUAUGCCAAGAGUUUCGGCGCCAAGUGCGCUAAGUGUUGCCGAGCCAUCUCCGCGACGGACUGGGUGCGCAAGGCCCGCCAGCACGUUUACCACCUAGCAUGCUUCGCGUGCGACGCCUGCAAGCGACAACUGUCCACCGGUGAGGAGUUUGCGCUGCACGACGGACGCGUCCUCUGCAAGACCCACUACCUCGACACCAUCGACGGAGGCAGCACUUCCUCUGAUGAGGGUGGCGAUUCGGAGAGUUAUCAGAAGAACAAGGCGAAGAGGGUGCGAACCACUUUCACCGAAGAGCAGUUGCAGGUGCUGCAAGCCAACUUCCAGCUCGACUCAAACCCCGACGGCCAGGACUUGGAGCGGAUAGCGCAAAUUACUGGCCUCAGCAAGAGGGUGACGCAAGUGUGGUUUCAAAACUCAAGAGCAAGACAGAAGAAACAUCUACAUACAGGGAAAAUAAAGUCUAAUUUACAUCACCACUCAAAUUCGCAGUUGCGCGACCAGGGAGAGUUGUCGCCGUGCUCGGGAGCUGUGCCGGGGACAGGGUACGGUCGACAUAUCAACCUACACCUUACCUACUCCUUGCAGCAGCAAAAUAACAACAAUAAUAACAACAAAGGUGGAAAUACGACACCCAUCUUUAGUCCAAAUGUUUCUGGUGAGACCUCGUCAAUUGAAGACAUGACAGACGACUCGCUUAUGACCUGCAUGAGAGGCGAAGUGUAAAAAAAAAAACGCGUCAGCAAUGAGGGCAACUGUAGAUUUACCAGGUAGAAGAAAUACCACCUCUAGUUGUGGCUGCUGUUUCGUCUCCACGUGUACUUCACUACAGUGUGAUAAGCCUGAUGCUGAGAUUUAAAUCUUAAGAGACAUUUCGAAGUUAAAUAAUUUAUGUAUGAACACUUCUACCAACUGAUUGACAAAUUUUAACUUGUUUUUCCAUCGUGAUUUGUGUCUGGCAACUAUUUAGAUCAACCCCUUUAUUCUUCAGAAUUUCUACCAAGAUUUAGCACUUAUCGAACUCUCGGAUUGUUGAUCAAGUAUUAAAAGAAUUUGUAAUGGACGUUUACCUCAACUAAUAUGCAUUAUUGAUAAUUGGUGUAAUUUCUAUAAAUAUCUAAGAUGGAAAAUUAAUGUCAAAUCUAGUUAGAAGCAGAAAAUACCCAACACAAAUCUGUAAAUAAAAUCAGAUCAAUCCCGUUUUUCUGUGGGUUGCUGCGCACAAAUUAAUAUCAAUAUAUUUGCCAAAACACACGCAAGAGAGAAGCACACUUCAAUGCCAAAUCGAUGUUCAACUUCUGUGCGAAAUGGUGUAUUUGAAUAGUGAUUAUUAAAUAUUACGAGUACAAAAGGAGAU